AUGGCCCAAGUUCCUGACGACUGGGAAUCGCCGAUCAAAAAGCAGCUGCAAGCUGAGAAAAGUGGAGCGGCAACAUCCAGUCGAAGUUCAUUGUCGGAGCCUCAUUCCCCGUCCCUAGAAGGAGCGGUAGGAAAACGCUUUGCUUGGCCGUCCCGCGACUUCCCAUUACACGACAUGCGAGUUCUGACCGACCGAAUGGCCGACAAGGCUUUGCAGUUUGGCGACGCCGGAUCGCCACUCGUUCGAUCCCCAGCCGUGCGGGAAUAUCAAAACACUCUCGCGCAGUUCGAUCUGGAGGCGCGAGGCGAUGGAGGAGGGAUGGUGCCUGUCCGAGCCCGUUUACAAGGACACAUGGCUGAACCACCACCGGCAGUAAACCACUGCAAACGGCACGACUUGUGA